AUGUCCGAUAUUCAAAACCUUCAAUCCUACGAUCCUUUUGCCGAUCUUGGCGACUCAGGCGACACUGUUGGAGAGCAGCAGGGUUAUAUCCAUAUUCGUAUCCAGCAGCGUAACGGACGCAAGACCUUGACCACCAUCCAGGGAUUGCCCAAGAACUUUGACCAGAAGCGCAUGCUCAAGAUCUUCAAGAAGGACUUCGCUUGCAACGGAACCCUUGUGGAGGAUGAGGAGUUGGGAUCUGUCAUUCAGCUCCAAGGCGAUCAGCGUACUAAAGUCUCGACUCUCUUGACCACCGAGGGUGGUAUCGACAAGAAGCAGAUUAAGAUCCACGGUUUCUAA